UUUAAAUAUUUUUGUAGGAAAUUGUACAAACACAGCAAAUCGCUUAUACAUUCACUCACGGCAGUUUAGCAAAUCGUUCGUCUUUACGGAUGAUGAUCACAAGUGACAUAACAUCUUAUACCUAUGGAGAGAUCAAUUAUGUCUGAACAGCCUGCUCAAAUACACACGGAAACUGUAUUAGAAACUGAUGCCUCAGAUUCUGGAUCUCAGGAUGUACCGACCGUUCGAUUACGACUUAGAAAACCAAGAUCAAACAAAAAGGUUCAAUGGACUCAAGGAACCGUGGACAAUGAACAUAUGAAUAAAAAGAAAUCAAAAUGUUGUUGUAUCUAUGAAAAAUCUCGAACCUUUGGCGAAAGCAGUUCUGAAGACAGUGAUGAUGAAUGCGAGCAUUGCCAUGGCCACAAAGAUGCUCAUAAAAAGAUGAUGCAACACAGUGCAGAAUCAUCCAAGGAAGAGAUGUCUCCAACCACUGAAUCAAUGGUGAAUGCAUCUGUAUAAAUAUGUUUGGCAAUAUAAAUAAUUUUCAUAAAUGAAAAAAUAUGAUU